GCGGCUAGACGGGCGGCUCUCAGAGAGUCUUGGGGACGGUUGCUGAGCGGGCCUGGGAUACCUGGUCGCCGCGCCUCCCGCCUGUCCGUUUCUCGUCCAUCUGUCCGAUCCUAAGGGAGCUAACCCAAGACCGCGCCGGGGGAAGGACCGGACUGAGAGAAUCCCCUGAGCUGGUGUCAAGUGUCACAAACACUGGGGAUCUCACCAGAAGGGGACAGAUGGAGCUGGGGGCCAGUAAGAUGGUGGACGAUGCCUUGGCUGGGCUCGACGAGGGAGCCCUAAGGAAGCUGCUGGAGGUCACAGCAGAUCUGGCAGAGCGGCGGCGCAUCCGCUCGGCCAUCCGGGAGCUGCAGCGGCAGGAGCUGGAGCGGGAGGAGGAGGCCCUGGCAUCCAAGCGCUUCCGUGCUGAGCGGCAAGAGAACAAGGAAAACUGGCUGCACUCACAGCAGCGGGAGGCUGAGCAGAGGGCUGCCCUGACCCGGCUGGCAGGGCAGCUGGAGUCCAUAAGUGAUGUGGAGGAGUUGACCACAUUGCUGCGGGGGGCCGGCGAGUAUGAGGAGCGCAAGCUGAUCCGAGCUGCCAUCCGCCGUGUACGGGCCCAGGAGAUUGAGGCUGCCACCUUGGCUGGGAGGCUGUGCAGCGGGCGUCCUGUUGGUAGUUCAAGAGAGGAUAGCAAGGGUCGAGCAGCACACAGGCUGGAACAGUGUGAGGUACCAGAGCCUGAGGAACAGAAGCAACAGCCAAGGGCUCCAGAGUCACCAACCCCUGAGGCCACCAACCAGGAUGUGACCACAGUGACACUCCUGCUUCGGGUCCCUUCUGAAGAUACACCCAGCUCACUGGCCGUACCCAACAGUUUACCCAUCACCAUCUCCCCUGAACCUCCACUGGAGCCUGCUGAGGCCCUGUGCCCUGCCGCCAAAGCUUCAGGCAGCCCUGAGCCUCCUAGCUCACCCAGGGACACCAGUCCCGAGCCCCAGGAGCCACCAGCCCCACCCAGCACAGAGAGACAGGUAGUCAACAAGCUCCUGUCUGGCCCUCCAGAAACCCCUGCUGCCCCGGGCCCCACCAGAGGCACCUCCGACACAAAGAGAGCAGAACUGGCUGGACCCCGUUCCUGCCAACGUUCCCUAUCUGUGCUCAGCCCCCGCCAGUCAGCCCAGAACCGAGAGCCCACCCCACUAGACAGUGGACCUUCCCCAUUCCAGCGGGCUGGCUCUGUUCGGGACCGCGUCCGCAAGUUCACAUCCGAUUCUCCCAUGGCUGCCAGGCUUCAGAACAGCCCAUCCCGGGCAGCCUUCUGCACCCCGAGUCCUACAAGGAUCCUGGGCCCCUCCCUCAUCAACACCACCCAUGUCUCCUCCUCUAUAAUCUCCUCCUCAAGGGGCCCCAGUGACACCUCCUCCCUGCUCAUCAAAGAGCAGCCAGGAGCCCAGCCCCCUGCCCAGCUCCAGAGCUGCCCCCAGGAGGAGGGCCCCAAGGGGCGGGGCUUAGCUGCCAGGUCCCUUGAAAACAGAGCAGGGGGGCCUGCCCACCGCUCAGAGGAGCCUAGUGCCCCAAUGCCCGUGGCCACCGGUGCUGCCGAGCCAGGAGGCAGCAUGAAGACCACAUUCACCAUUGAGAUCAAGGAUGGCCGAGGCCAGGCCUCCACAGGCCGCGUGUUGUUGCCUACAAGCAACCAGAGGGCAGAAGUGACGCUGGGGCUUCGUGCACCCCCCAGCCUUCACAGCACCAGCAGCGGAGGCACAAGCACCAUCACCCAUGUCAGCAGCCCUGGAUCCUUGGCCCGGCUAGGCAGCGUCACUCAUGUCACCAGUUUCAGCCCUGCUGCCCCUGGUAGCCGGGGAGGCUGCCACAUUAAGAUGGAGCCCGAGCCAGCAGAGCCCCCUUCUGCAGCAGUGGAAGUAGCCAAUGGCGCUGAACAGGCCCGGGCAGACAAAGCUUCAGAGCAGCGAAGCCCACUGAGAACUGAGGACCUGAUGGCUAUUGAAGACGAGAGUGUCCUGGAUAAGAUGCUGGAUCAGACCACGGACUUUGAGGAGCGCAGACUCAUCCGGGCUGCACUACGUGAGCUUCGACAAAGGAAGAGAGACCAGCGGGACAAAGAGCGGGAACGGCGGCUACAGGAGGCUCGGGCCCGGCCAGGGGAGGGCCGUGGCAACACAGCCACUGAGACCACCACUCGGCACAGUCAGCGGGCAGCCGAUGGCUCAGCCGUCAGCACAGUCACCAAGACUGAGCGGCUCGUCCAUUCCAAUGAUGGCACCCGGAUGGCCCGCACCACCACAGUGGAGUCAAGUUUCGUGAGGCGCUCAGAGAAUGGCAGCGGCAGCACCAUGGUGCAAACCAAGACCUUCUCUUCCUCCUCCUCUUCCUCAUCCAAGAAGAUGGGCAGCAUCUUUGACCGUGAAGACGAGGCCAGCCCACGGCCUGGUAGCCUGGCGGCGCUUGAGAAACGCCAAGCAGAGAAGAAAAAGGAGCUCAUGAAGGCUCAGAGUCUGCCCAAAACGUCUGCCUCCCAGGCACGCAAGGCCAUGAUUGAGAAGCUGGAGAAGGAAGGUGCCUCAGGCAGCCCUGGCGGUCCCCGUGCAGCGGUGCAGCGCUCCACUAGUUUCGGGGUGCCCAACGCCAACAGCAUCAAGCAGAUGUUGCUGGACUGGUGCCGAGCCAAGACGCGUGGUUAUGAGCAUGUGGACAUCCAGAACUUCUCCUCAAGUUGGAGUGAUGGGAUGGCCUUCUGUGCCCUGGUACACAACUUCUUCCCAGAGGCCUUUGACUACGGGCAGCUCAGCCCGCAGAACCGGCGCCAGAAUUUCGAAGUGGCCUUUUCAUCUGCUGAGACCCAUGCAGACUGCCCGCAGCUCCUGGACACAGAGGACAUGGUGCGGCUUCGAGAGCCUGACUGGAAGUGCGUGUACACGUACAUCCAGGAGUUCUACCGCUGUCUGGUCCAGAAGGGGCUGGUAAAAACCAAAAAGUCCUAACCCCUGUUCGGGGCUCCACGGAUGCUGGUGGACUGCGUGCCCCUGGUGGAGGUGGAGGACAUGAUGAUCAUGGGCAAGAAGCCGGACCCUAAGUGCGUCUUCACCUACGUACAGUCACUCUACAAUCACCUGCGGCGCCACGAGCUGCGCCUGCGCGGCAAGAACGUCUAGCAUUCCCGCCCGCAGCCUGCUGCCGCCCCCACCCCUGGGCACAACCCCAGCCCCGCGUGCCUGCCCACCGCUGCUCCCGUCUGUCGCGACACCCCACCCCCAACACACGCAGCGUUUUGAUAAAUUAUUGGUUUACAA